GAAAUUACUGGACUCUCUUUCUCUUUCUCCUCCUAGAGAAACUGCUCUCUCUCUCUCUCUCUCUCUCUCUCUCUCUCUCUCUCUCUCUCAUAUUGUCAAUGGUGAAUCAGAACUACUGUUGAGCGUUAUCCCCCAAAAAGCUUAACAGAAUCUCCGCAUCUACGUAAUUACAUUCAUCUCUAUCUAUUCAACACUUUCAACCGCCUGCUGUAUUGAUUGAUUUUGUUUGUAUCCGGUUGGUUCAGAUCCGUCUCGGUUCUGUGAAAAAUCAUGUGAAUUUUGGUUUGAUCUGAAGAUAUUUCUGCUAGAAUUUGUUUAUGAACUGGAAAUUGUUUGUUUCUGCAAUUGAAGAAUCUGAGGGUGAUUGGUUGCUCGAUCUACUUCAGUGAUUGCCAUUGUCCCUUAUAAUCGCGAUUCGAGGGUUUGCUGACAUGAAAAUCUGCGAUUUGAUGUGAUGAUCGUAGAUAACUUCCAUUUCCCUUCGAAAAUUAACUAUUUCCUAACUGAUACUUCCGAGAGCUGUUAUGUCAUGAUACGUCACCAUUACGUAUUUUUGGGAAAGUUAAGGUGAAACGAUAGUUUAGAAAGUGCUUUCGAAAGCCAAAUUUGUGAAAGUGGGCUGCAUAUUUGGAUAUGAGAAGGCGCUUGAUUAAAAAACUGUGUAUGGUUUUUGGCCCUAGAUUGCCAAGGAUAUGGUUAAUCCUUUGUCUUGCUAGUGUCUUUGUACUUAUUGUUUUCUCCAGUUCUUCUUCUUCUUCUUCAUCUUCUUCUAGUUCCUUCGACUCUGUCACAGUGACUGUAAAGCCAGACAUUUAUGCAAACUACAGAAGACUAAAAGAGCAAGCAAUAACAGACUAUUUGGAUUUAACUAGUUUAUCUUCAGGGUCUAGUAACCUGAAAGAUCUUAGGCUUUGUGGAAAAGAAAGAGAACACUAUGUUCCUUGCUACAAUGUAUCUGCAAAUCUGUUAACUGGGUUCACAAAUGGUGAUGAGUUUGAUCGACAUUGUGAAGUAUCACAAGGUGAACCAUACUGUUUGGUUCGCCCUCCAAAAGACUAUAAAACCCCUCUGAGUUGGCCAGUUGGUAGAGAUGUGAUAUGGAAUGAAAAUGUCAAGAUAACAAAAGACCAAUUCCUUUCUUCUGGGAGCAUGACAAAAAGGUUAAUGCUAAUGGAAGAGAACCAAAUUUCUUUCCACUCAGAUGAUGGAUUAAUGUUUGAUGGUGUCAAAGAUUACUCCCACCAAGUUGCAGAAAUGAUAGGACUAGGGAGUGAUACGGAAUUUCAUCAAGCUGGUGUACGCACAGUAUUAGAUGUUGGUUGUGGGUUUGGAAGCUUUGGGGCUCAUUUGCUUUCACUGAAACUAAUGACUGUAUGUAUGGCUGCAUAUGAGUUGACUGGUAGUCAAGUUCAAAUAUCACUUGAAAGAGGUCUUCCAGCUAUAAUUGGCAACUUCAAUUCUAGACAGCUUCCAUUUCCAUCAUUGUCAUAUGACAUGGUUCAUUGUGCAGAAUGUGGUAUUCUAUGGGAUGCCAAAGAUGGAUUGUUUCUUAUUGAAGCUGACCGUGUACUUAAGCCUGGAGGCUACUUUGUUUUACAUGGAAGUUCUUUAAGUACAAAAAAAGGAAGCAUGGCUAGUCCUAUUGAAGAAUUCACCCGUAAAAUCUGUUGGACAUUUAUAGCUCAACAAGAAGACACUUUCAUCUGGCAGAAAACAAGUGACCCUCAAUGCUACUCAUCUAGCAUGCAGGGUGUAAUUCCCCCUUGUAGAGAAGAAAGAGAGGAUCUACAGUCAUAUUAUCAGCCACUUGCAUCUUGUGUGAGUGGGACUACAAGCAAACGAUGGGUACCUAUUCAGAACAGGUCUUCCAGUUCCCAAAUUACCCCUGCUGAGCUUGAAUUAUAUGGAAUUCAGCAGGAUGAAUUCUAUGAAGAUUUUGAAACUUCAUUAUCAGCUUUGAGAAACUACUGGUCUUUGCUUACACCAUUAAUUUUUUCUGAUCAUCCAAAAAGACCAGGUGAUGAAGAUCCUUUACCUCCAUAUAACAUGAUAAGAAAUGUGAUGGACAUGAAUGCACAUUAUGGUGGAUUAAAUUCUGCAUUUCUUGAAGAAGGAAAAUCAGUUUGGGUGAUGAAUGUUGUUCCCAUUAGAGCUCCUAAUACUAAUACACUCUCGGUUAUACUCGAUCAAGGUUUUGCGGGUGUUUUGCAUGAUUGGUGUGAACCCUUUCCCACUUAUCCACGAACAUAUGACAUGCUUCAUGCAAAUGGGCUCCUUUCGUAUCUUGUGUCAGAAAGAUGCAGCAUCACAAACCUACUUUUGGAGAUGGAUCGUAUCCUACGCCCUGAGGGAUGGGUUGUUCUCUCGGAUGAAGUGGGGUCCAUAGAGAAGGCACGUAUGAUUGCUACACAAAUACGAUGGGAAGCAAGGGUCAUUGAUCUUGAAAAUGGUAGUGACCAAAGAAUACUCGUUUGCCAAAAGCCAUUUGUAAGAAAAUGAAUCAUGCAACCCAUGAAACAUCCAACAUUCCUCGAAUCAUCCGAUGCUAGAAAACUCUGGUAACUACUUUGUACUGUGUUUGACAUGCAUUACACUUUGACUCAGACGCAGGAUUACAAAUUAUACUUUUUGCGACAGAACAAGAUCUUUUGUCUGUGCAAAAGGCGUGAAUGUCAUCGUCCUGUUAUUGAAAAUAGGCCUAGAAAGUUUGUCUGGUCAUUGAGUGAUAAUGAUACUAGAUUUCUAAUGAUGUGUAGGAGGCGAAAGUUAGGUGAGAGGGUUUAUAGAGUUGAUAUUUUUGGCAUGGGAUAUUGGUAGAUAAAAAAAGAAAUUGAAAGUGAAUGUGAAAGUGAAGCAAUUACGAGAUGUAGAUUAAAGAAAGUUUUGGUGCCACGUAGUCUUGAUUAUCUUUUUUUUGAAACUUUUCCAAAGGAAUUGUAGCAAUUCAUUCACCCAAAUUUGUUUUUGUUUUUGUUUCUUUGAUCAUUUUUGUAACCCGAAUUAAGUUUUGUAUUGAACAUCAUCAUCAUCUCUUGAGUGAAUAGGUGGCUUUGGGCACAUUUUGUUA